UCUAGUUUUCUCAUUGUCCACUCGUUUGGGAGGAGGAUGCUGUACCCGGGCUCUGUGGGUUUACUGCAGAAAGCCAUGAGGCCCAUGCUCCAGCAAGGCCAGGCCAGGCUAAUAGAAGAGUUUGAUGGCCAGAGGAACAAGCUUGUGGCCUGCGAUGGCAAUGAGAUCGACACGAUGUUUGUGGACCGGAGGAGGGAGGGGGGACAGAAAGGCCAGACCCUGGUCAUCUGCUGUGAGGGGAACGCAGGCUUCUAUGAGGUGGGCUGCAUGAACACUCCACUGGAGGGUGGCUACUCUGUGCUGGGCUGGAACCACCCUGGCUUUGCAGGCAGUACGGUGAGCAGGGUUUUCACAUUUGGUACUGAAUCCAAAUCGAAUCAAAUGUUAUUUAUAAAGCCCAAUAUCACAAAACACAUUUGUCUCAGCGUGUACAUGGAUGACUGUGUACAAAAAUACAAUUACAACUUAGAAAAUCCACUUGCCAAAACA